CCGUUCUACCAUUCUAUAAAUGGCUGCCGCAUGAAAAAAUAAACCUCUCGUUUUGCAAACCGGAAAAAUUGUGAAUUGCGGCCAAAGAAAAGUAGAAAAAGUGCCAAAUAGGCAUCAAAGUUACAAGUUAACUGACAGAAUAAGUGCAGCGGAACGAUGUCCAUUCCGCCGUACAUGAUGCCGCAGAAUGCGUGGGCGGCCCAGCUGAUGGCCCAGCAGGCCUACGCGGCGGCCCACGCUCAGCAGGCUCAACUGCACGCCCAGCAGCAGAUGGCCAACCAGAUCCAGCAGAUUCCGCCACCGGGUGCUCCACUGCCGCCGUCCAGUGGCCACCCGAACGGGAUACCGGUCCCAGCAGGAGGUCAGGGUCCCGGCUUGGGCCAGAUUCCCACUCCCAAGCCGGACAUACUGACCGAGGAGAAGCUACAGGAGAAGGCCCUCAAAUGGCAGCAUCUGCAGUCCAAGCGAUUCGCUGAGAAGCGCAAGUUUGGCUUCGUGGAUACCCAAAAGGAGGACAUGCCGCCAGAGCACAUCAGGAAAAUCAUUCGCGACCACGGGGACAUGACGUCGCGCAAGUAUCGUCAUGACAAGCGAGUCUACCUGGGCGCCCUGAAGUACAUGCCACAUGCAGUGCUCAAGCUGCUGGAGAACAUGCCCAUGCCAUGGGAGCAGAUCCGGGAUGUCCAGGUGCUGUACCACAUCACGGGAGCCAUCACCUUUGUCAAUGAGAUUCCCUGGGUUAUUGAACCCGUCUACAUUGCCCAAUGGGGAACUAUGUGGAUCAUGAUGCGGCGAGAGAAACGCGAUCGUCGCCACUUCAAGCGCAUGAGAUUCCCGCCCUUCGACGACGAGGAGCCACCUCUAGACUACGCCGACAACGUACUGGACGUGGAGCCCUUGGAGGCCAUUCAAAUUGAGCUGGACAACGAUGAAGACAAUGCCGUAUACAAAUGGUUUUAUGACCAUCGUCCUCUAGUGGAUACGCAGUUUGUAAAUGGCACUACCUACCGAAAAUGGAAUCUUUCCCUGCCACAGCUGGCCACGCUGUAUCGAUUGGCCAACCAAUUGCUGACGGAUUUAGUGGACAAUAACUUCUUUUAUCUGUUUGACCCCAAAAGUUUCUUCACCGCCAAGGCUCUUAAUAUGGCCAUUCCUGGUGGACCCAAGUUUGAGCCCCUCAUUAAGGAUCACAAUGUUGGGGAUGAGGAUUGGAACGAGUUCAACGACAUUAACAAAGUCAUUAUCCGACAGCCAAUUCGCACGGAAUACCGCAUUGCCUUUCCGUACUUGUACAACAAUAUGCCCCACUUUGUGCAUUUGAGCUGGUAUCACACUCCCAACGUGGUCUACAUUAAGACCGAAGACCCCGAUCUGCCCGCAUUUUACUUUGAUCCGCUCAUCAAUCCCAUAUCCCAUCGCAAUGCAAACUCAAAAAUUCAGGAGCCCCUGCCGGAUGACGAUGAGGACUUUACUCUUCCGGACGAUGUGCAGCCGUUCCUGCAGGACACCCCCCUGUACACUGACAAUACUGCAAACGGAAUCGCCUUGCUGUGGGCACCUCGCCCCUUUAACAUGCGCUCCGGCCGCUCUCGACGUGCCAUCGAUGUGCCGCUGGUCAAGUGCUGGUACAAGGAGCAUUGUCCACCUGGCCAUCCGGUUAAAGUGCGCGUUAGCUACCAAAAACUGCUUAAAUACUAUGUGCUCAAUGCCCUAAAGCACCGCAAACCAAAGCCCCAAAAGAAACGCUACCUAUUCCGUUCGUUUAAGGCCACAAAAUUCUUCCAGACCACAACUCUGGAUUGGGUUGAGGCUGGAUUGCAAGUUUGUCGUCAGGGAUACAACAUGCUAAACCUCUUGAUUCACCGAAAAAAUCUUAACUACUUGCAUUUGGAUUAUAAUUUCAAUUUAAAACCUGUUAAAACUCUGACCACCAAGGAGCGUAAAAAGUCGCGUUUCGGAAAUGCUUUCCAUUUGUGCCGUGAGAUCCUGCGUCUGACCAAGCUAAUCAUUGACUCUCAUGUACAGUAUCGGCUGAACAAUGUGGACGCCUUUCAGUUGGCUGACGGACUGCAGUACAUAUUUGCCCAUGUUGGCCAGCUGACUGGCAUGUAUCGCUAUAAAUACAAGCUAAUGAGGCAGAUUCGAAUGUGCAAGGAUCUGAAGCAUUUGAUAUACUACCGCUUUAACACAGGACCUGUGGGCAAGGGACCCGGAUGUGGCUUUUGGGCGCCAGGAUGGCGAGUCUGGCUGUUCUUUAUGCGCGGCAUCACUCCGCUGCUGGAACGCUGGCUGGGCAAUCUACUGUCGCGUCAGUUCGAGGGUCGACACUCCAAGGGUGUAGCCAAGACGGUAACUAAGCAGCGCGUUGAAUCCCACUUCGAUUUGGAGCUACGUGCCUCUGUAAUGCACGACAUUGUGGACAUGAUGCCCGAGGGCAUCAAGCAGAACAAAGCUCGUACCAUUUUGCAGCAUUUAUCGGAGGCUUGGCGUUGCUGGAAGGCGAACAUUCCGUGGAAGGUGCCCGGGCUACCCAUUCCCAUUGAGAAUAUGAUCCUGCGUUACGUGAAGAUGAAAGCCGACUGGUGGACAAACACCGCUCACUACAAUCGAGAACGUAUCCGACGUGGAGCAACUGUGGACAAGACGGUGUGCAAGAAGAAUCUGGGGCGACUAACGCGUCUUUAUCUAAAGGCGGAGCAAGAGAGGCAGCACAACUACUUGAAGGAUGGUCCCUACAUAUCACCAGAAGAGGCUGUGGCUAUUUACACAACCACGGUCCAUUGGCUGGAGUCACGUCGCUUUGCGCCCAUUCCCUUCCCUCCACUUUCGUACAAACACGACACCAAGCUGCUAAUUUUGGCCCUUGAGAGGUUAAAAGAGGCGUACAGCGUUAAGUCCAGGCUAAAUCAAAGUCAGCGUGAGGAGCUGGGCCUCAUCGAACAGGCCUACGACAAUCCUCAUGAGGCAUUGUCCCGCAUCAAGCGUCACCUGCUCACGCAGCGAGCCUUCAAGGAGGUGGGCAUUGAGUUCAUGGACUUGUACAGUCAUCUGAUUCCAGUGUACGAGGUGGAACCCCUGGAGAAGAUCACAGAUGCAUAUUUGGAUCAGUAUCUGUGGUAUGAGGCUGACAAGCGCCGAUUGUUCCCGCCAUGGAUCAAACCCAGCGAUACGGAGCCGCCACCAUUGUUGGCCUAUAAGUGGUGUCAAGGCAUUAACAAUCUGCAGGAUGUUUGGGAUGUGGGUGAGGGCGAGUGCAACGUGCUGCUGGAGUCUAGAUUCGAAAAGCUUUACGAGAAGAUUGACUUGACGCUGCUCAAUCGUUUGCUCCGUUUAAUUGUCGAUCACAAUAUCGCCGAUUACAUGACGGCCAAGAACAACGUUGUGAUCAACUACAAGGACAUGAACCACACGAACAGCUACGGCAUCAUUCGCGGUCUGCAGUUCUCAUCGUUCAUCACGCAGUACUAUGGACUGGUGCUAGAUCUAUUGGUUUUGGGUCUUCACCGAUCCAGCGAGAUGGCUGGCCCUCCCCAAAUGCCGAACGAUUUCCUCACGUUCCAGGACACAGUCACAGAGACGGCACAUCCUAUUCGCCUGUACUGCCGCUAUGUCGACCGUAUUCACUUGUUCUUUAGAUUCUCGGCGGAGGAGGCGCGGGAUCUGAUCCAGCGAUACCUUACUGAGCAUCCGGAUCCGAACAACGAAAAUAUUGUGGGCUACAAUAACAAGAAGUGCUGGCCCCGCGAUGCUCGCAUGCGUUUGAUGAAGCACGAUGUUAAUUUGGGUCGCGCUGUCUUCUGGGAUAUUAAAAACCGUCUACCUCGCUCUGUGACCACUAUUGGUUGGGAGAGCACUUUCGUCUCGGUGUAUUCCAAGGAUAAUCCGAAUCUGUUGUUCAACAUGAGUGGAUUUGAAUGUCGCAUUUUGCCAAAGUGUCGCACGCAGAAUGAAGAGUUCACCCAUCGUGAUGGUGUUUGGAAUUUACAGAACGAAAUCACCAAGGAACGCACUGCCCAGUGCUUCCUGAGGGUGGACGAUGAGUCUUUGGGUCGGUUCCAUAACCGUGUCCGACAGAUCCUGAUGGCUUCUGGGUCCACUACGUUUACAAAGAUUGUGAACAAAUGGAACACUGCGCUUAUAGGUUUGAUGACCUACUUCCGCGAGGCUGUGGUCAAUACUCAGGAACUGUUGGACCUGUUGGUGAAGUGCGAAAACAAAAUUCAGACUCGUAUCAAGAUUGGCCUCAACUCUAAGAUGCCUUCCCGUUUCCCGCCCGUUGUGUUCUACACUCCCAAGGAACUGGGCGGUCUGGGAAUGUUGAGCAUGGGCCACGUCUUGAUUCCGCAAUCCGAUCUGCGUUGGUCCAAGCAAACGGACGUGGGCAUAACCCACUUCCGCUCCGGUAUGUCCCACGAUGAGGAUCAGCUUAUUCCCAAUCUGUAUCGCUACAUUCAGCCGUGGGAGAGUGAGUUUAUAGACUCACAGCGCGUGUGGGCGGAAUACGCAUUGAAGCGUCAGGAGGCGAAUGCUCAGAACCGUAGGCUCACACUGGAGGAUUUGGAGGACAGCUGGGAUCGCGGUAUUCCACGUAUCAACACAUUAUUCCAAAAGGAUCGUCACACACUGGCCUACGACAAGGGCUGGCGAAUUCGUACGGAGUUCAAGCAAUACCAGGUGCUAAAGCAGAAUCCCUUCUGGUGGACGCACCAGCGUCACGACGGCAAGCUGUGGAACCUGAACAAUUACCGCACAGAUAUGAUCCAGGCGUUGGGAGGAGUGGAGGGCAUUCUGGAGCACACGCUGUUUAAGGGCACCUACUUCCCCACUUGGGAGGGUCUCUUCUGGGAGAAAGCCUCCGGUUUCGAAGAGUCGAUGAAGUACAAGAAGUUGACCAAUGCUCAGCGAUCAGGUCUUAAUCAGAUUCCGAAUCGUCGAUUCACACUUUGGUGGUCACCGACUAUCAAUCGAGCGAAUGUGUAUGUCGGUUUCCAGGUGCAGCUGGAUCUGACUGGCAUAUUCAUGCACGGCAAGAUUCCGACACUGAAAAUCUCUCUGAUUCAAAUAUUCCGAGCCCAUUUGUGGCAGAAGAUCCAUGAGUCGAUUGUUAUGGAUUUGUGCCAGGUCUUCGAUCAGGAACUGGACGCCUUGGAAAUCGAGACGGUGCAGAAGGAAACUAUCCAUCCACGUAAGUCCUACAAGAUGAACUCAUCGUGUGCCGACAUCCUGCUCUUCCCCGCCUACAAAUGGAAUGUAUCGCGACCUUCACUGCUGGCCGACACCAAGGACACCAUGGAUAACACCACCACCCAAAAAUACUGGCUGGAUAUCCAGUUGCGUUGGGGCGAUUAUGACUCGCACGAUGUGGAGCGCUAUGCCAGGGCCAAGUUCCUCGAUUACACCACGGACAACAUGUCCAUCUAUCCCUCCCCGACGGGUGUGUUGAUUGCCAUCGAUUUGGCCUACAAUCUGCACUCCGCAUACGGCAACUGGUUCCCCGGCUGCAAGACCCUCAUUCAGCAGGCUAUGGCCAAAAUCAUGAAGGCAAACCCCGCGCUCUAUGUACUGCGUGAGCGCAUCCGUAAGGCAUUGCAGCUCUACUCUUCGGAGCCAACAGAGCCGUACCUCAGUUCGCAGAAUUACGGAGAGCUGUUCUCAAACCAGAUCAUCUGGUUUGUGGACGACACCAACGUGUAUCGUGUCACCAUUCACAAGACGUUUGAGGGAAAUCUGACAACGAAGCCCAUUAACGGAGCCAUCUUCAUCUUUAAUCCGCGAACGGGCCAGCUCUUCCUUAAGAUCAUCCACACCUCUGUGUGGGCUGGCCAGAAACGUUUGGGCCAGCUGGCCAAGUGGAAGACUGCUGAGGAAGUGGCCGCUUUGAUUCGAUCACUGCCCGUGGAGGAGCAGCCCAAACAAAUUAUUGUGACGCGCAAGGGCAUGUUGGAUCCGCUGGAGGUGCACUUGCUCGACUUCCCCAACAUUGUGAUCAAGGGCUCCGAGCUUCAACUACCGUUCCAGGCUUGCCUUAAAGUCGAGAAGUUUGGUGACCUCAUUCUGAAGGCAACCGAGCCCCAGAUGGUGCUUUUCAACCUGUAUGACGAUUGGCUGAAGACCAUAUCUUCAUAUACGGCGUUCAGUCGACUUAUCCUCAUUCUGCGUGCUCUCCACGUCAAUACGGAGAGGACGAAGAUCAUCCUAAAGCCGGACAAGACCACCAUAACGGAGGCGCAUCACAUUUGGCCCACUCUGACCGACGAGGAAUGGAUCAAGGUGGAAGUGCAGUUGAAGGACCUCAUUCUCGCCGAUUACGGCAAGAAGAACAACGUAAAUGUGGCUUCGCUCACUCAGUCCGAGAUCCGUGACAUCAUUCUGGGCAUGGAAAUCAGUGCUCCCUCAGCGCAGCGCCAGCAGAUCGCAGAAAUUGAAAAGCAGACCAAGGAGCAAAAUCAACUGACGGCCACCACUACGCGUACCACAAACAAGCAUGGUGACGAAAUUAUUACCUCAACCACAUCGAACUACGAAACGCAGACGUUCAGCUCGAAGACAGAGUGGCGAGUAAGAGCUAUCUCCGCCACCAAUCUGCACCUGCGAACGAACCACAUCUACGUGAGCUCGGAUGACAUAAAGGAGACCGGCUACACCUACAUCCUGCCCAAGAACAUUCUCAAGAAGUUUGUCACGAUCUCGGAUCUUCGGGCCCAGAUAGCUGGUUACUUAUACGGUGUAAGUCCACCGGACAACCCACAGGUGAAGGAGAUUCGCUGCAUCGUAAUGCCACCGCAAUGGGGAACCCACCAGACGAUCAACUUACCCAACGCCCUGCCCACACAUCAGUAUCUCAAGGACAUGGAGCCUCUAGGCUGGAUCCACACGCAGCCCAACGAGCUGCCCCAACUGUCACCGCAGGACAUCACGACGCACGCGAAGAUCAUGCAGGAGAACUCCAACUGGGAUGGCGAAAAGACGAUCGUGAUCACGUGCUCCUUUACUCCUGGCUCCUGCUCACUUACCGCCUACAAGCUGACGCCAUCGGGCUUCGAGUGGGGCUCCAAGAACACGGACAAGGGUAACAAUCCCAAGGGAUACCUGCCUUCGCACUACGAACGCGUUCAGAUGCUGCUGUCGAACAAGUUCCUUGGGUUCUUCAUGGUGCCGGCGCAAAGCAGCUGGAACUACAACUUCAUGGGUGUGCGCCACGACCCCAACAUGAAGUACGAACUGCAGCUGGCCAACCCGAAGGAGUUCUACCACGAGCUCCAUCGCACCUCGCACUUCCUGCUCUUCUCGAAUCUCGAGGACGGCGGCGAUGGUGCCGGCGCGGAUCGGGAGGAUGUGUACGCGUAGACGAUUCGCAUCCGGAGUCUUAGGGUUCUCGUUUUAGUGCAUACAAACAAUUUUAUAAGCCUGUUUUCAAAAUGCUAGCAUGUAGGGUACACUUUGUAAUAAAAACCAUUCUUUUCCCAACAA